GUUACACUUUCGUGACACAUGUCAUGUAUACUUACACGUAGGUCCAACUUGCAAUGCUGCGCUCGUUGAUGCGGCUGGGCAGGUUGACCAGCUGGCUGUGGUAGUCCUGCAGGCUGUACGAACAGAAGGAUUCGUCCACACACUGGUCGCCCAGUGGCAUGGCCACACUCUGGUGAUGGGCCAUCAGACACAGCAGAAGGACGCGCAGCAGCUGGGUACAGACAAUAACUUGUGUUAGUGUGGCCAGACUCUCUGUGCCAGCUACCUGGAGAUGUGUCUGUUUGUCCAAAUUCAAAUGUGGAAACAUGAAGAGAUGAUAUCAGAUUCAGUUCACGCACUGUGCAGUAUGGACAAUACAGCAGGAUCAAACUGACCAAUGUGUAUCUGAUCAUGUUGUUGUAGACUUGAUUGUGGUCUGUUGUUCCCCUUUAUCAAGUCAUAGGCAGACGACUGACUGGAGGUAUUUCAUACUCUAUUUAGUAAAGACAGUUUUGACUCAGCUGGGAUUUAAAUUUCAGUAUUUAUUUUGUUCUCACUAAAAUGUUUCAAAACCUGUCCAGUAAGCCGAUCACCUUUAUGUGGUCUUUAUUACCUAUUCUUUCAUUAGAUAGGUGGUGAUCUUAGAGCGUUUUCUUUCUUGUAACGUUUGAGAACUUCCAUUCUGUGUAUUCUACCAAAACAUGAGUGUGGUAUCGUAAGAAUGUCGGUGAAUAUCAGCCAUUCCUCUGGUUCCAUAUAACUUUGGACGUCAGUUUGAAAUUAAUCAGGUUCAGCUGGGCGUUAUUGUUCUGCGUCUUCUGCAUAUUCUCUGCAUACAGUUUGUCCAUUUACUCACUGAUGCCUUCUGGAAGAUGCACAUAACCUGACAAAUGUUCCUGCAUGUCUGUAAAGUAAAGUCCUGAACUAUUUCAUCUUGUGAUACAGAUGAUCUUUUUCAUAGAUCCACAUCUUGUGCACAAGAUCUAUAGAAACCAGAAUCAUUCAGGACUUUGCUGGAGGACUUUACAGACCAGUGCAGCAAUCUUGUUUGGUGAUUUUUAUACCCGCUUCUACUGCAACUGCAACUCUUUAAUCUUAGUACUUGUGAUUUUUAAACACACUAGCAGCGUGGCAAAAGGGACGGCUGGUCCACACUGAAAUACCUCAAUAGGUCCUGGAUGGAUUACCAUGAACGUCUGUACAGACGUUGUGAUGAUCCCCAAAGAUGGAUUCUAAUCACUUUCCUUCUGCUCAAAAUACGAUUUUGUCCUACAGUUCAGAAACUAAUCCCGUUCCAAUCAAACAGGUUCACUAUCACAUUCCAGGUUUUGUUGACCGACUGUAACUUUGAAACGAUGUCCAGCGGAUUCGUCUACCUCAGACUGAGACCUUGUAUUAGCUUCACCUGAACUAAACCAUGAACUGCAUGCUGCUGAGAUAAGGACGGUGGAUUUUGUCCCACAUCUCACAGCCAGAAUGAUUACAGCUACCCAUAACUAUUUCAACAUGCAUGUUGGGUGAGAGCAUGAACUACGGUAGACUUGGAAAAAUAUAAACGUAGCCUUUGAAGCCAUAGCUGGUCUACUCUGAAGGUCAGCCACGUGUAGCCUCAGUGGUAGCUAUCUGGAACAGUCAGUCAUCAACAUAAAGGUUUCUUACCUGGAGCUGAUCCAUGGCAGAAGGUGACUGGAGAUUGGUGUGUUUUUCCUUUGGUAGUUCACUGGGUCCUGUAUCUGGACCUGGACCUGCCUCUAUUUAUGUGUCUAGCAUCCACUGUGUGUGUGUGUGUGUGUGUGUGGGUGUGGGUGUGGUGAGGUGAAGGAAGACAUAUUGGUCACUCUGAUUCCCAUCAUAAUAGUUUGUGUCCAUGUUCCCGUAAUUAGCAUUCAGCCUCGAGAGAAUAAUUGUAUUCAGAGAUGACGUCAGCGUGCAGCCUUGAGUCCAGGUAACUGAGGGAGGACCCUCACCACCCCCCCCCCCCUUACUGAGAAAUGGGACACAGCCAUUAGAGGUCUGACUCAUCAGCCAGCGUUCGCUCUAGUUUCAGAAGUAACUUCAUGUUUACGUUUUUGAGCGCAUUUGAAAAGUUUGACAAAAGUUCUAUACACUUAAAUAUACUAAGAAAUCUUCUUUCAUUUUGGCAUAUUAUGGAAGAUUACGUUGGCAUUAUUCUAUAACUAUAGUUUUUGUUUCAGUGGCCAAACAUUUGUUGCAUCCUGCAAAGGUUUACAACUCACCACUUGAUGUUGCAUAUUAAAACACAACCGUUUAACAUUAAAUGUACUUCUGUAUACUUUCAGACAGCAUAUGUAUUUGUAAAAAAGAAAAUUUAAAUUUUUAUGAGUGAUGUACUAUCAGGCGUUGGUACACGAGUACUUGUUAGGAUAUUUUCAUUAUUGGUCUGGAUCUUUCCAUUAGAGUUUAAACAAUAUUCAUUGCCUUUGCUAUCGAUCACUUCUGUUGAAGGCGUUGUAUUUCACUGUAUAUGCUUCCGUUCAAAUAUGGACGUAGAAAUGUUCUGAAUGCUCUUGUGGUGAAAUCUUUUACCUCUUUAAUGGCCGUAUUGACUGAGUACUACCUCAUCUCUUCUCCUUGUCCUGAAGGAAACUGUACAAGUCGCAAGGGGCUCAACGGAGCAUGCUCGGUGCACGAAUACCCCGGCAGCUUCCGGGGCCAAAGUGUACGCUUCAAGAUGACUUCUGUCUGUGGACAUGUGAUGAGUCUGGAUUUCAUUGGGAAGUACAACAACUGGGACAAGGUGGACCCUGCAGAGCUCUUUAGCAAGGCUCCCACAGAGAAGAAGGAGGCCAACCCCAAACUCAACAUGGUCAAGUUCCUCCAGGUUGAAGCCAGAGGCUGUGACUACGUGGUUUUAUGGUUGGACUGUGAUAAAGAAGGCGAGAACAUCUGCUUUGAGGUACUGGAUGCCAUCGAGCCGGUGAUGAACCAGGGGAGUGUUGGGGAGCAAACUGUUUACCGCGCCAAAUUCAGCUCCAUCACUGACACUGACCUCUGUAACGCCAUGAACUGCCUUGGAGAGCCCAACCGCAAUGAAGCCCUGUCCGUGGAUGCACGUCAGGAGCUGGAUCUGCGCAUCGGCUGUGCCUUCACCCGGUUCCAGACCAAAUAUUUCCAGGGUAAGUACGGCAACCUAGACUCCUCCUUGAUCUCGUUUGGACCAUGCCAGACCCCAACACUAGGCUUCUGUGUGGAACGCCAUGACAAGAUCCAGUCCUUUAAACCAGAGACGUACUGGGUCAUCCAGGCAAAGGUAUUCAGAGGGAAGGACAGCCCACUGACACUGGACUGGAACAGGGUGAGGGUCUUCGACAGGGACGUGGGUCAGAUGUUCGUCAACCUGGCCAAGACAUCCAGGGAAGCCCAAGUGGAGUCGGUGAGUAAGAAGGAGAAGGCUAAGCAGAGGCCCCAGGCCCUGAACACUGUGGAGAUGUUGAGAGUGGCCAGCUCCUCCUUAGGCAUGGGUCCCCAGCAUACCAUGCAGAUUGCAGAGCGCCUGUACAUUCAGGGCUACAUCAGCUACCCACGUACUGAAACAACCCACUACCCAGAGAACUUUGACCUGAAGGGAGCGCUGAAGCAGCAGACCAGCAAUCCCAUGUGGGCAGAAGAGGUGAAGGCUCUGCUUUCAACUGGAUUAAACCGACCCAGGAAAGGAGCUGAUGUCGGAGACCAUCCACCUAUCACUCCCAUGCGUGCCGCCUCAGAAGCGGAACUGGGAAGUGAUGGCUGGCGGCUGUACGACUACAUCACACGCCAUUUCAUUGCCACUCUCAGUCAGGACUGCAAAUACCUACAGACCACCAUUGACUUCAACAUCGGCACAGAGGCCUUCUCGUGUAGCGGCAAAACCCUGAUAUCACCAGGUUACACUGCAGUGAUGCCGUGGCAGGGCAUCCCUCUGGAGGAGGCCAUGCCUGUCUGUGAGUGUGGAGACACUUUCACAGUGGACGAGAUCAAGCUGGUGGAGAAGCAGACCAGCCCCCCAGAGUACCUGACCGAGGCUGAACUCAUCACCCUCAUGGAGAAACAUGGCAUUGGUACUGAUGCCAGCAUUCCUGUCCACAUCAACAACAUCUGCCAAAGGAACUAUGUGACUGUGGAGAACGGACGCAAGUUGAAGCCAACCAACCUGGGCAUUGUCCUGGUCCAUGGUUACUACAAGACAGAUGCAGAGCUGGUGCUGCCCACCAUCCGUAGCGCUGUGGAGAAGCAGCUGACCCUUAUCUCUCUGGGUAAGGCCAACUUCCAGCAGGUCUUGCAGCACACGCUGGAUAUCUUCAAGAGGAAGUUCCACUACUUUGUGGACUCCAUCCCCAGCAUGGAUGAGUUGAUGGAGGUCUCCUUUUCCCCCAUCGCUGCCUCUGGGAAGCCGCUGUCCCGCUGUGGCAAGUGCCACCGCUUCAUGAAGUACAUCCAGUGCAAGCCCAGCAGGCUCCACUGUUCCCACUGUGACGAGACCUACAGUCUUCCCCAGAACGGAGCCAUCAAGCUGUACAAGGAGCUCCGCUGUCCGCUGGACGAGUUUGAGCUGGUGCUGUGGACCUCUGGAUCCCGGGGCAAAAGCUACCCGCUGUGCCCGUACUGCUUCAGCAACCCGCCUUUCAGGGACAUGAAGAAAGGUAUGGGAUGCAAUGAAUGCACCCAUCCUUCCUGUCAGCACUCUCUCAACUCUUUGGGCAUUGGACAGUGUGUGGAGUGUGAUGGGGGGGUUCUGGUGCUGGAUCCCACUUCUGGACCAAAAUGGAAGAUGGCAUGUAAUAAAUGCAACGUGGUGGUGCACUUUUUUGAACAUGCACACAGAGUGCAGGUGGCUCAGGAGAGCUGCGAUGCCUGUGACGCCUCUCAGGUCGCGGUGGACUUCAACAAGACUCGCACUCCACUUCCUGACGGCGAGACCCAACACACCGGCUGUGUUUUCUGUGAUCCAGUCUUCCAGGAUCUGGUGGAGCUCAAACAUGCCACCAUGAGGUACCGGGGUGGGGGUGCGAGGCGAGGAGGACGGGGACGUGGCAGAGGACGCCGUGGCAAUCCUAAAAAACCUAAAGACAAAAUGGCUGCCUUGGCAGCUUACUUUGUAUAGUGUCUGUUUGUAGUGCAUCCUGUUGUUUCAUUUUUCCAUUUGUUUUAACGUGUAUUUAAUUACACUGGAGUAAAAUAUGUAUUUGGAAAAUGUUUGCCUCAAGUGUUUAUUUACCAUAAAAAGAGCUUAUAAAUAUAUACAGUAUGCUGUCAACUUUAAAAUAGAAAAUGGUGGGUAAAGAGUUGCAGUGACACAAUUGAAAUUUCAAGAAAAUAGUUGCAGUCUAUCGUGUCCUUUUCUGUUCGUUAACAUGAAGACGUAUUGUGGGCAGAGCGUAGGUAGAACAGAAUAAUUCUCUCAAUACGUCCGUUAAUACAAGCUAGCAAGUUUUGUUGGCUUGUUUUUUUAUAAAGGCUCAAGAAAAUACAAGUUUGUCUCAAUAUCUUCAGUCACUCACUCUCCAUGGCUGCGAGUGUAACCUGAGAAAGUUAAUAUUAACCAACUGGACUCUAUAUGCCGACCCUGAGGCAGUCAG